AUGGCCGGCAAAUCUGGCUGGAGGAAACUCUUCAGAGCAGCAAUUGUUGGAGAAGUGGCGCUCUUGAUAGGAUCUUAUCGGGUGUGGCAUCAAAUGAACACAAGUAGAGGUUAGCUUUCAAAAAACUGAAUUUUUUUUUAACUAUUUAGGUUAAUUUAUGAUGAGGGCUUUUAAUUCAUCUCACAUCGAAUGUUGCAGUGAAUUAAAUUAUUUUAACCAUCUUCGCAAGGCUUGUCAAUAUCUCUUAUUUCAAUCAGAUUACAGAAAGUGGAUGGACGACAACUAUCCAGCCAUUCUGGAAGGUUAGUGUAACGAUUGUUUCACUCCCGCGAUCUGGAAGUUUGCCUAUGGCAUGCAAACAUUCCCCUGUGAGCUAUAAGCGACAAGUCACAUGAAGAGAAUACCCCCAUUUUUAUAAUUUUGAUAGUUCUCACUGAUUUUCUUUCUUGAAGGCUUCUACAGAUCAGCAGAGUUGGGUGGUUAUAGGGGAGCACGUGAGGCUGAUGCUGAGGCUUGGGGAAAGUAA